GCCUGCGAAGUCACGCAAAAGGACGACGUCGCCCGUGAGAGUUAGCAGUAGCGCCUCUUAUCCUUGCUGCAGCGUGGAAGAUUAAGUUAGGGUCAAGGAAACUCGGCUUCCAGGUCGCUAGGUUGACUGCCGAGCAGGAGAGAGACUGUGUGUGUGAGAGAAGUGCACCGGCAAAGAAUAUCCGAAGACAAAUAAGUGUGGAACUCCAAGUAACAGUUUUGAUCUGAAUCCUGUUAAACUAGAAAUGGGAGGAGAGAUGGUCUUGUGGUAGCAAGCAUGGAUUAUCCUCUUUACGGGGGAAGAAAAGGAGUACUCUGAAAUUGAAGAUUGUCAAUUUCUUAAUUGGCUACUGUAGCUGUGCCUUCAAGAGCAGCUUGAUGUGUGGAAAUCGGAAGGGGAAAGCUUUUCACUACACAGAGUUGAUGCAUUGAUUUGAGGGGAGAUGUCGAUGGAUGUAACUUUUCUGGGAACGGGUGCUGCAUAUCCCUCUCCAACCAGAGGAGCCUCUGCUACAGUGGUCCGGUUUGAAGGAGAAUGCUGGCUGUUUGAUUGUGGCGAGGGGACACAGACCCAGUUCAUGAAAAGCCAUCUGAAAGCAGGUAGAAUUACCAAAAUCUUCAUAACUCAUCUUCACGGGGACCAUUUCUUUGGCCUCCCGGGGCUUCUGUGCACAAUCAGUCUUCAGAGUAGUCCUGCUACAAACAAGCCACCAGUUGAAAUUUACGGACCACUUGGCCUCAGGAGCUUCCUCUGGAGAACUAUGGAGCUCUCCCACUCGCAGCUUCUUUUCCCUUACGUUGUCCAUGAGCUGGUGCCGACGCUGGAUCAGUGCCCUGACGAAGAACGGAAAGAACAGUCUUUUGUGGACAGAGAUGAGGUCUCGCCUGAAAAGCUGCAAGGAAAUACUAUUUGUCUGGACCCUGUAGAAGACUCCUACACCUUGGUGGACAAUGAACAGUUUGUGAUGAAGGCAUUCAGAUUAUUUCACCGCAUACCUUCCUUUGGAUUUCUAGUGGAGGAGAAGCCACGAGCUGGCAGACUGAAUGUCCAGAAGCUGAAAGAACUUGGAGUUCAACCAGGCCCUUUAUAUGGUCAACUGAAAGAUGGCUCUACAAUUGUUCUAGAAAACGGGACCACAAUUUCUCCAUCGGAUGUCCUAGAAAACCCUCUCCCUGGAAGGAAAAUUUGCAUUUUAGGAGAUUGUUCUGGUGUUGUUGGUGGAGGAGCAGCGAUGCUUUGUCACGAAGCAGAUUUGUUGGUUCAUGAAGCCACAUUGGAUGACACUCAAGCAGACAAAGCCAAGGAGCAUGGUCACAGCACUCCAAAAAUGGCCGCAGAGUUCGCGAAGUUGUGUAAAGCUAAGAAGCUGGUUUUGUCUCACUUCAGUCAGAGGUAUAAGCCAGCUACUCAGAUCGGUGAAGGAGAUGUGGAUGUAAUGGAACUGAAGAGGCAAGCAGAGUUGGUGUUGGACGGGCAAGAAGUAGUAUUAGCGGAGGAUUUUAUGACAAUAGAUAUUCCAAUUAAAAAACAAAGAUAAUGCUACCUGCCUACAUAUGGAAGAAGUUAACUUGUUGGAUAUAUUAAAUCUACAGCCGUAGCAAGCUUUCAGAUUAGUUUCAUAAGGCCCAGUUGAAGUGGGUUGGUUAAGGACCCUUUGGUCUUAAUGGGCUUUGAACUUCCUUUCUUAGCAUCCAGUUCUGCACAACACAAUACACCUUUAAUUCCUUAAUAAUGUCAACAAUGAUUGAAGGUGUUCCCUAGACAUCAAAAGAAGAGGUACCUUUUAAGCUUAACCCUCAAAUCAACUUCAAGUGCACAUUAAUCAAUCAGAUUGGAAUUAAGGCUGUAGUUUUUUAUUCACUUACGUGGGAGAAAGCCCCACUGAAACCAGGAUGACUAACUUUUGAGUAAACAUGUUUAGAAUUGGGAUGCGUUUGUUUAGCUGAGGGUUUUGGCCUCUUAAAGUUAAGGGUGUGCCAAGGGUGUUAAAAGAGGUAUUAUCAUAACUGAGUUUGAACAGUCAGCAUUUUCUAGGUGGAUGUAAUGGCUUUAUGUUAAAAAUGCAAACUAAUAAAGGAUUUAUAUUUAUGCCA